UGAGUCUUCUGAUGAACCUUAUUUACAUUCGACUGGAUUUGGGAGCUAAAGAUACUAUCUCACAGCAUGUCAAUUGAUUGCUUAGCUAUCGUGUAAGCGUUGUAAAAAGCAUUAUCGUAAUAUUGUCGUAGAUUUUAGGGUGUCGGUGUUAUCAUCCCUGAACGGUCUCCAAUAUACCACCUACCAGAUACUGAAUAUAGUGAAGGAGAUCCUGAAAUCCAGCAGUGACAUAUCGUUCGAAAUGUUGACCGUACCUGAAAAUCUACCAAACUUUCCGCUUAACUCGUACGAAGAAUAUCUGCGAUUCAAUGAUCUUAUUAAGGAGGACACUCACAUUUCUCAAUAUAUGGUGCGGAGAUUGGCAGCGUUGGGAGGUUCGGGAAUCGAUAGUAUCACACGUAGAAUAAUGAGAUUUUUGUUCGAUAACGAAUUAGCCACCCAGUUCAAUUGGAAAGGAAGACAUAACAAGACCGGUUUUGAAGGGACUGCCAUAAUGGGUCUUGUUUAUGAAGCGGCGAAGCUAAACUGCCCAUCGAACGAGAAGAGUGAUUCGAAGAUAGCUGAUAUCGUGAAGAUUUGGUUGAAACACGCCAGCUCGAGGGUCAAACAGUCCAAAUCGAAGGUUCCAGGAUGAUCCGAUUCACUAAGUUGAACAGUUUUGAGAAUUAUUUUUUCUGUACAAAGCAUUAUGUGACCUCGGUGAAGUUGAAAUUUCAUCUUGGUGGAUCUGUCAAUAAAGUUUACAAAGCUUAA